AUGGGUGUGACUUGCCCCGCAGGCCACUACUGGGACAGCUUGCUUAAAAAAUGUCUUCCCUGCAAGAUAAUGUGCAGGCAACCACUGGUCAUUACCAGAUGCACCAACUACUGUGUGUUAGCGGACUGUAGAACACUGCCUGGCCACUACUAUGACGGGCUUCUGAGGAAAUGUGUGAUGUGCGCUGAUGUUUGUGGCAGACAUCCAGCAGAGUGCUCCCAACACUGUACCACUUUAUCUGUUCCAGUUACCACGAAAACAUUCCUGGUUAAAGUUACCUCACACCUUCCAAAUUCCGAAGGGUUCCCGGCGGAAGACCCCACCGUCCUCAUCUACUCCCUCCUCGCUCUGUGCUUGGUUCUGCUGCUGUCCAGUCUGUGUUUUGCCGUGGUGCUAUUCCUGAGAGGAAGCAGAGCCAGAAUCAUCCUCGACCAGGAGUGCGUCGACAAGCGGGGCCACGGGGUCAGGGGUCAGCGAGGACCUACAGAUUGUGUUGCACAUCCAAGUCGAGCCACAGAUGAGUCCAUACCUACUGAGACGUCCGUGUGCGUCCACUGCUUCCCCGAUUUUGCAGCAGUCGCCAGCGACAACAAAAGGCCUCACGGAUCACCUUUGACGCACUACCAGCAAGAUGUCCUGAACCACAUCCGGAUGCAACAUCAAUGUCCUCCACCUACACAAGGAAAACCUGAUACGCCCACACUGGAGGUGUAUGAGGGAUCAAUGGUGGGAUGAAGCUCACUGUAUAUUUACAUUACUUAUUUGCAAUAAUACUUCUGUAGAAAUGAAUGUGUCCCUUAAAGUAUACGCUACACUAAAGUAAGGUUAAUUAUUAGACAUUGAAGUAACCAACAUCAACCUUUUCAGGGCUAAAAGGUUGGCCAAAUCCUGUGUCAGAGUUUGGAAAGAGGGCAGCAACCCACCAACUACUAAACUACUAAAUAACACACAUUCUGAGUUCAUUCAUUCAUUCAUUUUCUACCGCUUUUCCUCACAAGGGUCGC